AGCAACCGGAUAUUUCGUAUUAACGUUGUUGUGGAGGUAUCAAGAUGGCGUCCCAGCAGCAGCAGCAAGCUGUUGGUCAAAUUUCUCAAGCCGGCUUACAACAAACUGCAUCAAUGCAGCAGCAACAACAACAACAGCAGCAGCAGCAGCAGCAACAGCUCAGUCAACAGCAAGACUUUGAUCCAGUUCAUCGAUUUAAGAUGCUUAUUCCGCAGCUGAAGGAGAGUUUACAGAAUCUAAUGAAGGUUGCAGCAUUGAAUUUGGCUCACAACACUUCAAUCGACAACGGCGUUAAAAGCAGCGACACUUCUGUUCAGCGUUUUGAUAAAAGCUUAGAGGAGUUUUAUGCCCUCUGUGAUCAAGUGGAACUGUGUUUGCGCCUGGCAUACGAGUGCCUCUCUCAGAGCAUCGACAGCGCCAAGCAUUCCCCCAAUUUGGUCCCUACAGCCACAAAGCCGGACACGGUGCAGACGGAGUCCAUGUCCUACGCUCAGUACCUCAGCAUGAUCAAGUCUCAGAUCUCCUGUGCCAAAGAUAUCCACAAUGCUUUGCUGGAGUGCGCUAAGAAGAUCGCGGGAAAGGGACAGCCUCAAGGCAUCAUGUAGACUCGGACUGAAUAUUCUUAUUCUAUUUUUAUUUUAUUUUAUUUUUUUGUAUGUUAUGACAAGAAGAGGCAAAGGCACAAUUUCUCAGUUUUUGUUUUCUGUUGUGGUUUGUAAAUGCCGUGUAAAUAUUCCUGACAGUUGGGCUCUGUGGUGACCAGCAGGAGGCGACAAAGUUUUCAAGAGCUAUUUUGUAACAUAUUUGUAUUGACUAUUAAAAUCUUUCUGCUCAUG